GUUGAUGUUUACGAGAAUUCCCUUCAGUCGUCGUUCUCUCUUGUUACUCGACGGAUAUACAACGAAAAGUAGUAAGAACAGAGUAUUUAGUUCCUGCAAACCCUUUGUGUCUGCCGUGUAUUAUCGGCGAUGGCAAGAAUCAACUUGAUAUUUACCUGUGUCCUGUGUUUAUGUUAUCAAGCGAUAUCCUCGGAGUAUUGCAAGCCUCCGGACUGGUUUCAAUGUAAGAACACCAGGUGCGUUUCCUCCUCUUUUCGUUGCGACGGUGACAACAAUUGCGGAGAUUUCUCCGACGAGCGAGACUGCUUGGACACCCCCGAUUCACCGCCAACCCCAGAGCCGAAGCAAUGCAGCCCCGAUGAAUUCAGAUGCAACAACGGCAACUGCAUUCCGCUGACAAAAUUCUGCAACAACAUCAACGACUGUUACGAUAACAGCGACGAGCACGAGGACUGCACCGCAAACAAGACCUGCAUCGCAAAUGAAUUUCGCUGCUUCGACGGCCACUGCGUCCAGGAGCGAUGGGUGUGCGAUGGCCAAGUGGAUUGUCCGGACCAUUCCGACGAGUACAACUGCACCCGCCAUCCCCCAGAGAACUGCACCCUAGCCAACGGCUUCUACAAAUGCAACAACAACCGCUGCAUCCCCCUGAACUCCACCUGCAGCAGCUUCAACGAGUGCGGCGACAACUCCGACGAGAACAGCACCCUCUGCAACACCGCCCUGGAGGCAUGCAAGAAGGCCAACUGCAGUCACAGCUGUCAGCCAACUCCCAGAGGUCCAGCAUGCACCUGCCCGCCAGGAUAUCGUAUGAUUAACGCGACCUGCGAGGACAUAAACGAGUGCCUGGAGAAUCCUCAGCUCUGCGAUCAGCACUGCAUCAACGAACCCGGAACGUAUUCCUGUCUCUGCGACAUAGCCUACGAUCUUCAAGACGAUCACCGCACCUGCAAGGUCGCGAAAGAUCGAGGAGAUGCUCUCCUGGUAUUCUCCUCAAAGACAGAAAUCCGCGGUUUCUACCUUUCGGACAAUGAAGUCUACUUUCCCAUUGCCACUAACCUGAGGCACGUGGUGGCUGUCUCCCUGGAUGCAACGUAUAUCUACUGGUCGGACAUAAAAACGGGAGACGAGGCGAUCUUCCGGGCUUUCGAGGACGGCCAGAAAGCCGAGGUAAUUGUCAGCGCCGGUCUAGGAGUUCCCGAGGAAAUAGCUGUCGACUGGAUAACUGGGAAUAUCUACUUCACCGAUAGCCUGUACAAACGUAUCGGAGUCUGCACCAACUCAGGAUCCCACUGCGCUGUCAUCAUAACGGAGGACACUGACAAGCCCCGAGGACUUGCUCUGCACCCAGCGACUGGAGAAUUGUACUGGAGUGACUGGGGAGACCGGCCCCACAUCUCCAGGGCCGAGAUGAAUGGGAAAGCAAUGGUGCCGAUGGUGACUGAAGGCCUUGGCUGGCCCAACGGCCUCAGAAAAUUUCAAUCAAUUCCCAUUCCUCACAUCAAAUUAUGCAUAUAA